ACCUAGGGAGACCGGCGGGCGGAGGCGAGGAGGGUAGGCAGGUGCGGGCGCGGGCGGCCGGCCAUGAUCGCGUCGUGCCUGUGUUACCUGCUGCUGCCGGCCGCGCGCCUCUUCCGCGCCCUCUCAGAUGCUUUCUUCGCAUGUCGAAAAAAUGCCCUUUUGGCGAAGAGCUCGUCCUCCCAGGUAGAAGGGGACUUUGCCAUGGCCCCUCGGGGUCCCGACCAGGAGGAGUGUGAGGGUCUGCUGCAGCAGUGGCGAGAAGAAGGGUCGAGCCAGGUGCUCUCAACUGUGAAUGAGGGUCCCCUUGUAGAUAAGGGACUAGCCCAGAGCAGCCUGGCGCUCCUGAUGGAUAAUCCUGGAGAACAGGAUGCUGCUUCAGAGGAUAAGUGGUCCAACAGGCAGCUGAGUGAUCUUCGGGCAGCAGAGAACCUGGACGAGCCUUUCCCCGAAGUGUUAGGAGAGGAGCCACUGCCAGAGGUCGAGGGCCCAAUGUGGGCACCUGUCCCUGUGCAGACUGGCGCCCCGUAUGCAGACUGCGCUGUCCUCCCAAUGGGUGCCCUGGCCGCAGAGCAGUGGGAAGAGGACCCUGCAGUGGUGGCCUGGAGCAUAGCACCGGAGCCUGUGCCCCAGGAAGAGGCUCCCAUCUGGCCCUUUGAGGGCCUGGGGCAGUUGCAACCUCCCCCAAUGGAAAUCCCAUAUCAUGAAAUCCUGUGGCGAGAAUGGGAAGAUUUCUCCACUCAGCCAGAUGCUCAGGGCCUGGAGGCAGGGGAUGGCCCUCAGUUCCAGUUCACUCUCAUGUCCUAUAACAUCCUGGCCCAGGACCUGAUGCAGCAGAGCUCGGAGCUCUAUCUGCAUUGCCACCCAGACAUCCUCAAUUGGAACUAUCGCUUUGCGAAUCUCAUGCAGGAAUUCCAGCACUGGGACCCCGAUAUCUUGUGUCUCCAGGAAGUCCAGGAAGAUCAUUACUGGGAGCAGCUGGAGCCCUCUCUGAGAAUGAUGGGCUUUACCUGUUUCUACAAGAGGAGGACCGGGUGUAAGACAGAUGGCUGUGCUGUCUGCUACAAGCCCACGAGAUUCCGCCUGCUCUGCGCCAGCCCUGUGGAAUACUUUCGGCCUGGCUCGGAGCUCCUCAAUCGGGACAACGUGGGCUUAGUGCUGCUGCUGCAGCCACUCGUCCCAGAAGGCCUGGGACAAGUCUCAGUGGCCCCUUUAUGUGUGGCAAAUACCCAUGUCCUGUACAACCCACGCCGGGGCGAUGUCAAGCUGGCCCAGAUGGCCAUUCUCUUGGCCGAAGUGGACAAGGUGGCCAGGUUGUCUGAUGGCAGCCACUGCCCCAUCAUCUUGUGCGGGGACCUGAAUUCUGUCCCUGAUUCACCUCUUUACAACUUCAUCAAGGAUGGAGAACUCCAGUACCAUGGGAUGCCAGCCUGGAAGGUAUCUGGACAGGAGGACUUCUCCCAUCAGCUUUACCAGAGGAAGCUGCAGGCCCCACUGUGGCCCAGCUCUCUGGGCAUCACUGAUUGCUGUCAGUAUGUCACCUCCUGUCACCCCAAGAGAUCAGAGAGACGUAAAUACAGCCGAGACUUCCUGCUACGUUUCCGCUUCUGCAACAUCGCCUGUCAGCGACCUAUAGGACUGGUUCUUAUGGAAGGAGUGACCGAUAUGAAGCCAGAGCGACCUGCUGGCUGGGCCGAGUUUGUCCUCGAGGAAGGCACAUCCGAGCCUGAGCCCGACUUCCCCAGGACUGUAGGCACCAUCCAGCACUGCCUCCGCCUGACCUCGGUGUAUACUCACUUCCUGCCCCAGCAUGGCCGCCCAGAGGUCACCACAAUGCCCUUGGGUCUUGGAACGACAGUGGAUUACAUCUUCUUCUCAGCCGAGUCCCGCGAGAAUGGGAACAGAACUGAUUGCAGGCUCUAUCAGGAUGGGACUCUCAAGCUGCUGGGCCGUCUCUCCCUCCUCUCUGAAGAGAUUCUCUGGGCUGCCAAUGGCUUACCCAACCCCUUCUGCUCUUCAGACCACCUCUGCCUACUGGCCAGCUUCGGGAUGGAAGUCACCGCCCCAUGAUGGGCUCCCAGGGGAAGAGAGCUUCUCUUCCAGAAGAGCUCACUGGAUCAGAGACUGUGGAAUACCCCAUGCUUCUGGAAACGUAGAUCCCCUCCCCUCCCCCUCCGUGUUCCCUUUUCCCUGUGGUUAGAUUGUCUCCAGGCCUGUGGUCCCUGCCCCACCCCAGCCUCUUCCUAAUCCCGUGCCACAUACUUGGUGGCCCUGGGAGAGGCAGAAGGGGGGGGGUUUCCCCCUUCCUUCCAUGUAUCCAGCGCUCCCCCUUGAUUUUUAAUUACCAGGGUUGCGGGAGCUAUUGAUCUCAUUGGUUAUUUGUUUUCAGGCCAUUUCUUGGUGGUGCCUUCUGACCCAGCCUUCUCCCUGCCUGAGGCCUCUGGCCUGGUGCUCUUGCCAGAUGCACACACCUGAGAGGGGUCCCGGGGUGGGACUGCUCUGUGUGGCCAGGCCUGCCUCAGACUGGCCCACUUUCCACCCUGGGGCCAUCAGCCUAGGGGUAGGCAGAGGGCAUGACUGGGUAGCGGUGUGUUGCCAGGCAGCAGCAGUGGCACGGGCCCUUCUCUCUUUUAUCCCCUGUGUUUCAUCAGGCAUUCAUCCUGCCAACCAGGGCAUCCUCAUCAUCUGGGCUCUGGGCACAGGUGGGCCCCACCACCUGGAGCAGCAUUCAGGGAUGUGCUCCUGUCCCAGCAGCCUCCGUGCCUCUGGCCCAGGGCUCCCCACAGGCCUGGCCUGCCUCCUCUAGGGCUCCUCCCUUUCCCCAGGCUGCCCCAUGGGAGGCAAAGGGUUGAACCCCUGUGUGGGGGUCAGUGGGUAGGGAUGGUGGUUAGAGCUUCAGAGGUCUUUAAGGAUGAGGGGAAAGAAUAGCAGGCUCUGCAGGACAGGACGAGGGCGGGAGUCCCAGCAUGGACGGGGCAGGUGGGCUUUGCGGCUGCCUCAGCUGGGACUUCAGACCUCAGGGACUUGUUCCUUCCCUCCACACGCCUAAGCUCUAGCUCUCUCUUCCUCCCCGCCUGCUGCUUUGCACUUUUUGCUGCCUCCCCCAUUCCCAUCCUUUCCCCCUAGAAAAGCCUGGUAUUUAGCUCAAUCCAAACCUUCUCAGCAGAAAGGUGGCUGUGGGCAAAACUACCCUAAGAACUGGAGGUGGUGGUGCUUGAGGAUGCGCUCCUGCUGGCAAGGCCUCUGCUGCUCAUUGCCUCUCCUCUCCCUCUCCUGGCACAGGGGUCCUGGCCCAUUCAGGGGGCUCCCUUGCCCACAUGCGUCACCUGCAUGCCUUAAUCUUUCAUGGCCGGGUGUGGCCUGGGCUGGUUCUGGGUCAGCUCCUCCUCCCCUCUCCCGUGACUCAGAGGAGCUGCUGGCCAAUGCUGCUGGCCCUGCAGAUUUGACUCUUUGACUUGCUGUUGGCCCAUUCAGCCUCCAGAACUUCCCUGGAGGGAAUAACUGAGAGAGGCUGGAGUUAGGGACAGUUAGCCAGAGGUUAAUGUUUUCUUUCCCUCUCUCUCUCUCUUUUUUUGGAGAGCCAAAGACCCAGCCUGAAUUCUGCUGCUGUGUUCAUGGUUAUUAGCUUUCUGUGCCUAGGUUCCGGGGAAUUUGUCUAUUCGUGUAUAUUUUUAAACAUUGUUUCCUGGAUACUGGGCAUGUCUGUCUGAGCCCUGGGCCUCUCUGUCCACACCUCACCAUCCACUCUGUUUGCCUCUCCCUGGGCAUCUCCUGGGAUGGUCUCGACACAGUGCCCUACUGGUUCUAGGACUAGGGCCCAUUGCUGUUCUCUUCUGCCAGGAAAUGCAGUUUAAAAAUGGCUAGAGAGAGCAGGAGCUCAGGAAAAGAUAGAUGAUCUUUUCCAUGUUUUUUUUUUAAUUUGUUUCUGUUUUGGAAAUGAAAGGGGGGUUUUAAACGGUCAUUUGAACUCUCUUUUCCAAAUAAAAUUUACCUUUCCCCCCUACUGUUGGUCAUUUUCUUAGGACCCUAAAGGACAUGGAAGGGGCAAGGCCUGGAGAACGAGGUGGGAAGAGAGGAAGAGUCUGAUCCUGGGGUGGGGCCUCAAAUCCUUGGUCUAGGCCGGAGAAAGGGAUCCUCACCCCCUCUGGUAACCAGGCAGAUGCCCAUGCCUCGAGGCCUGGGAGGGACAGGGCCUGAGCACAGCCUCCUGCCCUGACUCUCACUGGGUGCAGCUCUCUUCUUCGUCCUCACUGAGCUAGAGGAGAAGAGCUUUCCCAGCUACUUUCAUUCUUAUUCCAUCUGCUGCACCUGUACCUCCCCCUAGUAGAGCUGAGCUGCAUUUCAGGAGGAUCUGUACUAAAAAAACAGCUGAGAAGUGUUUUCCUGGCCAAAGCCCUGGCAGCGGCAUGGGCAUGACGCCAUGGCAGAUGCCCCUGGCUGCGUGUCUAUUUCUGGUCAUCUCCUUUGCAUUCUGGAGCCAGGGCUGAGUUGUGGGCCAUCUGUUGCUGGAAAGGUUUCUCCUCCUUCCCAGGAGUCACUCCACUGGGACUUCUCUCUUCCUCCAGCCUCCUCUUGCAGCAGGUCCAGCAGCCUCUGUGCCCUGUGGGGAAAGGCCCUGAGACCAAAUGUGGUUUUCUGUCUCACCUGGACAGAGUCCCAGGCCCUAUACCUCGGAAUCAGUGCCUGAGAAUCUGGGUUAUUUAAAGCUACCGGGGUACCAGUUGAACCACCUGGGCUGGGAUUCAGUGGAAAGAAAUGUAGCCGAGGCUUAGGAAUACCACUUGUCAUCUUAGCCUGGUCACUUGGUGGCCGUGGGUAAGUGAACCCCUCCCUGUGUUUUGCAUAUCUUGGGGAAAUGGAAAUUAAAGUCAUAGUCUUUUCCACUUGUGAGGAAUUUUCAGCUCUGAAAUCAUGCUGUUUGGGCUUUGGCGAGUAAGGGAUGCUAAGAAUCUGAGUAUUAUUGGCAAUUACGUAAUUGGUAAUUCCUGGUAACAACUGGAAUUGAAGGUGGGUAGUCCUCCCCAGCCAGCCUGGACAGUUGGGCCCUGGGGGCUUGGAACUCUUUUAUAGCUUCCAAGCUUUGAGGUGUGUCCCCAGAGACCCCUUUCCCAGCCUGGAGGGUUUCCCCCGGUGGCCUGAGUCACACAGCAUCCUGCCUGGCACUUGAAGUUUCCAGAGUGCUUCCACAUCCACAAUCAGCAGACAGUAGCUCUACCAAGUGGCAGCUCAGGUGUGCCUGUCUUACCUUUCCAUCUGAGGAAGCAGAGAUCCCAAAGAGCUAAACCGAGACUCUCCUUUGCUUUUUUUCUUUCCACCCAAGCUCCUCAGAAACAGCCUUUUCUGGGAGUAGGAGAGAUGGGUUGUCCUGUAAGGCAGAUACACGGGGCUGGACCUGGGAGAAGGGAACCAACCAACCAGGUUGCUGUGGGCUUAUUUUUAAACUGUUUUGACUCUCCAGUUCUUGCCUUGGUGUAGCUGCUAACCAGGGGAUUGGUUUUUGAUGGCUUCUCUUCUUCCAGGAGCAGGAGGGGCCCCUCUUCUACUCCCCCAGAGAAAGCGCUGCUGCCCUGUCGUCCUAGCUCCCACACUCGUCCUGGAGCAUACCUCCCAUUGCCUCUCCCCACCAAGUGGGCAAAACAAGACUGUCUCAGGCCAGGGCCAGCCAGAGGAGAGCCCGCUGGCCUGCCCAUCUGGCCUGGGUUAGGAGAAUGUGACCUUCAGGUACCUGGAAGGAAACUCCGCCUUCUGCCCCAUCCCUGGCCCCAUGGGCCGGAGGCCUCAUGCAGCUGCAGAGAGACAGGGGGUCUCCACCCUUAACAUCCUUGGAGGCUUUGUCUUUCCCAUGUCUGAAUCCUUUCUGCCUGGGGGCUGGAGGGGGUGCACACGUCCAUGUGGGCGGCCACCCCUACCACCUGCCAGGCCUCAAUGGGCCCCUCACCCACCUUGGCAAACACAAUAAAGGGUACCGGGCAGCCUGUGUCUGGGCUUGGUCUUUGGUAUGACCAGCAUUUCUUGUCCCCACUGCCCUCCACAGUCAUGGACAGGAUGUCACAUUCUGGCAGAUGUGGGUGCAGAGCUUCAACCUCUUCAUGUCCAAGCCUCUGAGAAGUGCCACCUGCAUCCAAAGCUUCAACCCCCAUUAGUCAUGUGCCUAAAUCAGGCACAUGCCGUAAGCUUGAAAGAAAAGGAGCAGAAGGAAAGGUGAUGAUGCCCCCAGUACGUUGGGUUCUGGUCCUCUUGGGAGUCCACGAUGGCACCUACCCCAUGUCAAUUCUAAGAAAGUGGGCGGCACUGUCCAUGGUGAACCUGGUUGACUCAUGACAGACUCACCCAAGCACAUACUCAGCCCUCGUUUGUUCGAGAGCCGUCCCGGGGCCCAGCCCUGGAUGAGCUCAUCUCGCUGAAGCUUGGUACUUUAGCUGGACUUGAGUGAGUGAAUUUCAGCACUGCCUGUGUAUAAAGGUGUGUAUAAAGGUAUAAACUCUGGUCACCUUUAUUGAAAGGCUCUUUUUUGGGAUUAAGUGGAUGUAAAUGAAGCUUAAGUAGCAUAACUGCCUCUUUUUAACAGGGUACAGUCCAAAACAUUCAUGGGCUCCAGUGGACCACCUCUUUUCUUCCCGGUAGCCAUGCCUCACCACCACACUGUGGGAAGCUUGCUGUGCUAAACUACACUUCCAAUUGGGAUUUUACGGGGACUGGCUGGGGUAAGAAAUACGAAAUCAUACUCUUUCCUUUUA